GGUAGUGGCUUCAUCGCUACCCAUGUAUUAGAGACUCUCCUCGCAAGAGGUCACUCUGUUGUCACUACCGUCCGCUCGCAGCAAAAGGCGCAAGCUAUUCUGGAUGCUCAUCCAGAAUUAUCAAAGGAUCAACUUGACUGUGUUAUCGUGCAAGAUAUGGCCAAAGCCGAUGCUUUUGACAGUGCUGUGAUCUCAGAGCCUCCAUUUGAGGCUGUUAUUCAUACAGCUAGCCCUUAUCAUUUUCAUGCUAAGGAUGCGAAAGAACUGCUGAAUCCAGCGAUCAUUGGAACAACGGGACUUCUCAAAUCCGUGCAGAAGCAUGCACCAUCAGUCAAGCGUGUUGUUGUGACUUCUUCCUUCGCGGCGAUCAAUGAUGUUUAUGCCAAGGCCAAGGGCAAAGUUUACUCAGAGGCCGACUGGUGUCCUAUCACCGAGGCUCAAGCCAACGAGAACCCUGCGAACGCCUAUCGGGCUAGUAAGACAUUUGCUGAACGAGCUGCUUGGGGCUUCAUCAAGAACGAAAAUACCUCAUUCGACCUCGCGGUCAUCAAUCCACCACUGGUCAUAGGCCCAAUUGCCCACAAUCUCGCUUCUUUAAGCGCCCUCAACACCUCCAACGAGCGCAUUCGUGAUCUCAUCACCGGCGCGGCAAAGGAUAGUUGUCCGCCAACAGGUAACUACCUUUACGUCGAUGUACGUGACCUAGCACUGGCGCAUGUCCUCGCGAUCGAAAAGCCCGAAGCUGGCGGAAAACGUUUUUUCACGGUGUCGAGCCAUUUCUCCAACAAGAAUAUCGCAGAAAUUAUCGGCCAGGAGUUUCCUCAAUUCAAAGACAGGCUCCCAUCCGGCGAGGCUCUCACUCCGGGAGAUUAUCCGGUUGAUGGUGUGUAUGGAUUUGACAACUCACGAGCCCGUGAGAUCCUAGGUGUGCCUUUUCGACCACUCAAGGAGAGUGUGGCUAGGCAGAUUCCGUAUCAAUCGCAAGGCUACUUCUUCAACCUUUUUAUCCCUAACUUGCUGGCUCUGGAAAUGUUUUCUAAAUUUUCUGCUGACCCUGCAGGAGACAAAGUCCAUCCACCUCGCCUAAAACGAAGGCAAGUCUCUCGCGCCUGCGACUGGUGCCGUUUGAACAGGAUCAAGUGCAACGACUCGCAGCCUUGUCAGAAUUGUCGCAAACGUGGGGGCCAUUGCACCCGCAGCAAGGAAAAGGAGCAUUUAUCGUUGCCAACAGCUAAUAGGUAUCUCGAAGUGCUGCCGUUUUCGAAGAACUCAGCUGACAGUCAGUACAGAGAGAUUCAAGAAUUACGGCGACAGAUCACCGACCUACAGCAGCAGCUCAAACUUGCAACCCAGAACACCAAUGACCAGGUCUCUGCAUACGCAUCACCGGCCCAAUCUAAUGGCUCUGUUCAAGCUACCACGGCAAAUCAUGCGACAUCUCAUGAAGUUUCAUCGCUUUCCCCUGGGAAGUGGGAGGGUAUCAAACUUCCAGAAGGGAGAGCAGGGGCAUUGAUCUACUACGGUCCAUUGUCAUCCGCUUACUUCGCUGAUCGCAUGCGCCGCUAUCUGCUAGAAGUGCUGAGAGGGUCCACUCCAGAACUUUCAUUUUCUCUUUCACUUUCUCAGCUGAAACGACCAAUCGGAAAUCAGUUGUUUCCCAGUUCCCUUGAUCAGGACCAACCAUGGAAGACCAGCCUAGAUCUUGAUGGCGACCGGGAAUCCGAGGAGCUUUCGCGGGCACAGGAAGAAUAUUUCCUCGAUCUGCUCUGGCAGAGCUUUCAUUGCAUAUAUCCUGUCACCUUGGAAGACGAGUUUCGGGAGUACUACGACUCCCUAUGGACCAACUCGGCAGAUCAAACAAAGCGCCAGCCUUCGGCACUUGUUGACAGCAUUUUGGCCGUUUGCAUGCAAUAUGGAACCAGCUUCCUGACAAGCGAUAGUCAGGGCAGUAUGAAUGGGUAUCAUGUUGAGGCUGGGUCAGCGACUAGCCGUGCACUCUACCGUCGGUCUCAAAUACUCAUUCUUGAUGAACUUGAGAGGCCGUCACUAAUGGCUUUGCAAAGCCAAUUAUACUCCAUUGUGUUUCUUUAUAACGAAUCUUCAAUGAGUUCAGCGCAUAUCUCUCUAGGGUCCACCGUGAGAACAGCUCAGAUGUUAGGGCUACAUUCAAAAUCUAGCGAUGAGCUCUCUUCUAGAGAAAAGCAGCUGCAUCGCCGAAUUUGGUCGACCCUAAUCACGCUUGAUAGCCAAAUAUCAAUGGCUCUGGGUCAAUCGCCACUCAUACACAGUUGUGAGAUUGAUCACAGUUCUUUGAGAGAUAGCCAAGAAGAAAGCCUACUCUCUGAAUCAAUGUUGAUCAGUCCCAACAAUAAAGACAUCACAUGGCUCAGCUAUCAUGCCCAAUCUGUGCGCCUUGUCUCCCUCGCAAGAUGCGUUCAAAGUGGCUUCCAUGCCAAGUGCGCGGAGCUACUGGAAAGAAAAGCCUUGAAAACACUAUAUGACGAUCCAUUCUCACUUGAAGAGCUAGCGGGGGUUCUCGCUCGAAACGCUCGCGUUGUUUAUGAGUGGGCAUGCAAUGUUCCUAAGUCUCUUAAAAUCCCCAGGAAAGGCUCCGGAGAACCGUUUUCUACAGAGCGCACUCCACUCAACCUUGACCAGUUCAGUCCUCUCUGGCUCCAGCGACAAAGAAUUCUGCUGGAAAUCCUAUACCAUCAUCUCCAGAUGUCGAACUUCCGGAGUUUCCUGCGUCUCCCACCCGGAUCCUCCUCAAUUACGCCCCUGUCAGACUGUCACAGCAUCAACUGUCUAAACCAUGCCGUAGCUUUGACAAGCAUUUUGCACCAGGUUUUGACUGAAACGGAUCUACUGCGAGGAUGGUCAGCGGCCUUUCAAUACCAAUGGGACGCCGCUCUUUGUAUCCUUGGCUUCAUUCUGGCAAAUCCAGUCUGCCCUCCUACCCCGCAAGCUCGGAAAUGCUUACAAACCGCGAUUCAAUGCUUGGAAAUUAUGGGCGAUUAUCUCCCUGUUGCUAAAAGGGCUGCUCAAAAUAUGCGCGAAACUGGUGCACAAGCUGAGAUGCUUGCUGAAAAAUUUCACAAUACUUUGUCAUUUCGCAGACCGGCCAAGCGAAACUAUCUUGGUCAAAGCAAAGCGCCAGUUGCCCGAUCAGUUACGAGUGCAACAGUACAGGACUUGGCAGCUCCGGCUUUGAGGCCUGAAUACCUCCAAUGUCUUUCCACGGAGCCUAUGUUCGAUCCUGUAAAUUUUCUGGGUGGUCCUUUUCUGUCAACUGGAAAUAUGACUGACAUGUUGAAUGAGCCAUCAGAGGAGUUUGUGGCAGUUGAAACAGAUGGGAUACUGGCUGGGAUACAAUCUUCAUGGAUACCAUUUGGCGAGCGAGCGCUAGAGUCGUGA